ACCCGGAAGUCUCCACGAGGUGAACCCGGAUCACCGUCAGAGCGCUAUAGGGUAGCCAAUACCACUACAGACGGAUCAUAUUCUUUCCCACACGUUGUUUUCUUACCCCUUCCGUGUACAAGGCACCUACGUUCUAAUUGUUGCAGUUCUGAGUGAGCUACGAAACCCCCGGAUGAAAGUCCCACCAGGAUGGCUGGUGUGUUUGACAUUGACUUGGAGACUGAGGAUGUCAGUGAUACAGAGGACGAUGUCUGUGAUGGCACCAUAACGGAGCCAGACAAUGUACCGAAAGAGGAAGUGGAGCUGACCAGUGAAUGCGUCAAUAAAGACAGUGAAAGAGUUGGACCUGAUUUCUUUGAGCUUCUGACAGUACUUGGAAAAGGAGCCUAUGGCAAGGUUUUCCAGGUCAGAAAGGUCCAAGGUGCCAUGGCAGGAAAGGUAUUCGCCAUGAAAGUUCUCAGAAAGGCCAAAAUCGUAUGCAAUGCUAAAGACACUGCUCAUACACGAGCGGAGAGGGAGAUCCUGGAGACAGUGAAACAUCCUUUCAUAGUGGAUCUUCUUUAUGCCUUCCAGACUGGUGGGAAACUCUACCUCAUAUUGGAGUAUUUAAGUGGAGGAGAGCUAUUCACACAAUUGGAGAAAGAAGGCAUCUUCAUGGAAGACACUGCUUGUUUUUAUCUAGCAGAGAUCAUACUGGCUCUUGGUCACCUCCACUCAAAUGGAAUUAUUUAUCGAGACCUCAAGCCUGAGAACGUCAUGCUUAAUCACCAAGGACAUAUCAAGUUAACAGACUUUGGCCUCUGCAAGGAGUCAAUUCAUGAUGGAAUCGUCACACAUACAUUUUGUGGCACCAUAGAGUACAUGGCACCUGAGAUUCUGACAAGGUCAGGACAUAACAAAGCAGUAGACUGGUGGAGCCUUGGGGCCCUGAUGUAUGACAUGAUGACUGGAUCGCCGCCAUUCACUGCGGAAAACCGUAAAAAGACCAUUGAUAAGAUCUUGAAAUGUAAACUUAAUCUGCCUCCCUAUCUGACCAUCGAUGCCAAGGACCUCAUCAAAAAGCUGUUGAAGAAGAAUCCAGCCCAAAGACUUGGCUCCAGUAAAGGAGACUGCGCAGAAAUUAAAGUACAUCCAUUCUUCAAACAAAUAAAGUGGGCCGACCUGCUAGCUAGGAGAGUUGAGCCACCAUACAAGCCAAAGCUGCGUUCCGAUGAGGAUGUGAGCCAGUUUGAUACAAGGUUUACCAGACAGACACCAGUGGACAGUCCAGACGAUACAUCACUUGGCCGGAGUGAAGAGCUUACUUUUGCUGGUUUCACCUACGUGGCUCCUUCAGUCCUGGAAAGUUUAAAAGAAGGUUUCUCCUUUGAACCUCGAGUGAGGCCUGUUCGCCGCAGUAGCCCAGGCACAACCAACAGUCCUCUAAAAUUUUCCCCUGCUGGCCCUUUCAAGUCAAAUAUUGAUAGAGAACCAGGACAUUUUUCUCCCACAUCUUUCCCAGUAACUCCUCCCUCCGUGCCACUGGAGAACGGACCUGCCAGUAUGCCUAUUAAAACCAGAAUGGCCAGAAACAAAAAGGAGGAUGGGCACCGCAGAUGAAGAGGGCUGCACUUCUAGGCCUGUUCAGGUUGACUGUUUCAGUUUUCUUUAAGGGGGUUGGUACAAAAUGAUAUUUUUGUUUUAUGCAUUGUUUUUUUAGGCGGGGUGGGGGGUGGCUUACUUUAUGGAUUCACACAUCGAAAGGUUGACUGUAAUCUGUAAACGGAUGUAAAAUGCAAUGUUUCCAGUAUGCACAUGCAAAAAUGAGACAAUCACAUGUAGUCUUAAGUUAUUUUUGACUGUAUAAUGUAAUUACAGUACAUAACAUAGAACACUAUAAAAUAUGGAUGUAUGAACAAAUGGUUGUAAUUUGUUAAUACAACAUCAGCAUUUAACAAAUGCAGAUAUGAUUAAUUGACCAUUGGACAAAAAAAAAAACAACAAAAAAAAAACAAAAGAAAAAAUAACAAGAAAAUAACAAAACAAUGCUUCUCUCCGGGCAUGUGGUUUUGGAGACCUGCUUGCAUGGUAGAUGAGUUUUGUGUAGGCAUAGGAAACAAACUUGACGAAGUAGUAACCAUUUCCCACGUUGCAACAAGUAGAGGUAGUGUAUUAACAUUUUUUUUUUUUUUUUUUUUAAUUCAAAUGCAAUUAUUUUAAAUUAAAAAUUAGGCUUGUUAGCAACACACUUCUUUCAAAUUGUUUAUUGAUGUUGGCUUCCAUUUCACAUAACCUCUAACCACCUAUCCCUGAUUAACAGUGUUGCCUUUUUUGAAAUGCCGUCAAGAUAAAAUGCAAGAAUUUGAUAAGAGAAUAAUUAUGCAAUAAAGAGACCUGUACCCACGAUGCACAGUCAUAAUUUGUGCUCUACUCUUCAAGGUACUGUAUUUAUGAUAUGAUAAUUUUUUUUUUUUUAAUUUUGACAUGUCUACCUGUUUGCUACAGUGUUAUCAUAAGCUAUAUAUCUGCAUAGCUGGUGUUGAUUGUGUUAAGUUAUAUAUACUGAGUGGAUAUAUAUAUAUAACAGAGUGGAGACAAUUUGAUUUAAAUUUUUUUGAGUUAUACCACUGUCAUAUCACUGACUAGUGAAUAAAAAACAAUUGCUACAAUUUGGAUCGUGCUUGUUUCUUUCAAAGUUUCUUUGGUGACCACGACAGCUUAGAUUUUUUUUUCUUUCUUUCAAAAGCUUAUCAUAAUGGUAUGCAUGUUGCAUAUUUUCAUUUUUAAACAAAAAUGUAACUGUUAAAUCAAACCAAAAGAAAUGAUAAAUGGAGAGUACUUAUAUAGCGCAUUUAGCUACAUGGUUACCAUGCCCAAAGCGCUUUACAUUAGCACACAUUUACCGUUUCACGCACAUAUUCACACACCAAUGGACCUCUUUUCUCCUGUUCUACCCUCCACCUCUGUGUCACUUGUAUCCGUCUUACUACCUUCUGUUCCAGGGCGUUUAGUCAUUCUGUCCGACUUUGGAACUCUCUAACCCAGUGGUGGAGAACCUUUUUGACUGAGCGAGCCAAAACACCCUACUAGGCAUGUGUCGGUUUGAGAUUCUGACUGUAUGAUAACCUUAAGCAAAAAUAUCAAGGUUUCCUGUGAACAGGAUUUUUAUUUUUCAAAACAAAUUAGCUAAGCCGCGGCCCUCUGUAACUUUUUUGUAGUCGAAGUAUUCCCAUACCAGCAAUUUCGUUUUCUUCGAUGGGGGAAAAAGUUCAGGAGUUUCACUUCCUCCAGCCAUCAUGUAGCACAGCUGACUCACUGAAACUGAGCACCAGAGGGUUGAGCCUUACAGCUGCAAGCGAGGGGUUUCUCCCUGUAUUUUGGGGACAUAAAUAAUAGGUAAUACUGUAGGGAUGGUAUGACGGAAAAUGUUUGCGAUUUUGAAAUUGUGACGUUUCCAUACCACAGUAUACCUUGAAACCGGUGAUCGGCACAUGUCUACACCCAAAAUUUUAAAAUGUGAUUCUACAAGAGCCAUUACAGUGUGUGUGGGUGUGUGCAUAUGUAUAUAUUUGGGAUGUGCCGAAAGCAUUUUUUUUGGCUGAAAAAUCAAAAAAUGGGAAAAAAAACCCAAAAACGUUUUUACACAAAACUCCAAAAAUGGGCCGGACUAAUGUAUUGGCAUCGUCAGCCUAAUACUUGGUAGCACAAUCUUUAGACAAAAUAACUGCGAACAACUGCUUCCGGUAUUCAUCAAUAAGUUUCUUACAAUGCUCUGCUGGAAUUUUAGACCUUUCUUCUUAGGCCAACUGUUCCAGGUCUGUGAGAUUUGAAGGGUGCCUUCUCCAAACUGCCAUUUUCAGAUCUUUGCACAGGUGUUCUAUGGGAUUCAGGUCUGGACUCAUUGCUGGCCACUUUAGAAGUCUCCAGUGCUUUCUCUCAAACCAUUUUGUAGUGCUUUUUGAAGUGUUUUUUUUUUCAUUCCCUUUUGUGGUUUUUCAUUGCAGGCAAGAUAUUGCUACCAAAGCAUUUGUAAUUGCAGUCAUUAUCUGGGAGAAAUGGAGCUUUAUCUGACAGAAUUGCAGGGGUGCCAAUACCUUUGGCCAGCAGUGUAAUUUUUUAAAUAAAAUUAUUCGUUUUCCGAUUGCUACCCUUUGCCUUGGCAUUGGUUCUACAGGAGGCUGGAGAAAUUUAGUUUGAAAGGUGCCGAUUCCGAUUCUUCAGAUAUUAAGAUUUGAAUGAGGCAAAAUAACAUGCUUUUUCCCUCAAAUAUAUUGUUAUAAUCAUGUUUCAGAUGUACUGUAAUUUUUUCUGUAUAAAAAUUAAUUUGGUGUUCAAAAAAUCUUUUUUCAAACUUGAGCCUUGAAAAAGAGGGGGUCGUCUUUUAAUCAGGGCCGUCUUAUAUAUUCGGGCCAAUAUGGUAAGUCUUUGAACUUGAAUAAGAUGAAGUUUCUUUAUACAGGAGUGCACUUUUACAAAGAUAUUCCUUAGCCUAUGUUUUAGAGUGGCUUAUGCUACAUAUAUUUUUAAAUGUUAUUGAGCUCCCGCUAAUGGGUAACCUGGUGCACAAUAUCAAGAAAAAAACUAAACAAAAAAAAACAACUUGUAAAACCUUUACAGAUUAGCAGCGGGUGCAGUAAAAAAAUCAAAGUUUUUGUUGUGGAAAAUGAUUAUCAUAUCUGCCUACUCAAGCAGUAAGCGUGAGCGUUCUGGACAGAUAGUGUCUCCUGCAGUGGAGAACACACGUUCACUGGGUGUAGAUGAAGCUUGAAUGUAUAAAAAUGAGAAAGCGAGAAAAAGUCGCAAAUAUUACGUUGGGGUAAGGUACAUGUGAGCGGCUACGCACUUUACAUAGCUGGGAGCUACGACGAAGCAUUACGAUAAAUUCUUCUAUUGAUUAUAAUUUGAUGUAGAUGAGGCAAAAUAAUAAAUAUUUCCUUAUUUGUAAAAUCGAUUGUAAAACAAAAGAUGAUUUUAAUACUGUUUUAAAUUUUGUUUUUAAUUUUAUUGGAGGCGGCAAAUCCGUCCGUCCGUCCGUCCAUCCUUCCAUGCUAUUUAAAAAGAAUUUUUUUUUUUCUAAAAUGCCCCCCUAUUCAAAAUUUUUCUUCCCCCAGAAAAUUUAGAUUUUAAGUUUUCGAAUGAUGUAUUGUGAUGUAUAGUGUUUUCCGCCAUAUAUAUCUAUAUACAUUAGGAGUGGGAACCUCAGGGCACCUCACGAUACGAUACGAUUCGCGAUACAAGGCUCACGAUAACGAUUAUAUCACGAUACAGCGAUUAUUGAUAUAUUGGUCAGAAAUUGGAUACAUGACAUUCUACGAUACAACUGUUGAAACGAGAGAAAAAAAUAUUUGAAAAUAGAAAAAAUACUGUUUAAGUCAUUUAUUAAACAGUGACACCUUUUCUGUGCAACAUUGCUGUAAAAUAUAAAUCUACUGCAAAUUGUGCCCCUGCACAUAUAGAGGAAACGAACCACGACCACUGAUAUCGCUUGGAGAGAUCAUGAUGAAUGGCACCCUUAAUUUCUUUAAAGUUUUAAAUUUUUAAAAAAAUAAAUAAAUAAAAAGUGCCGUAGGUGUCAGCAGUUGAGCUUGGAGUGGGGCAAUGAUAAAAUUGGUGGGUCUUUUCUUUGUAUAUGAACUUUGUUGCUUGGUUUGAGCACUUCCGCUAUCUGCUUCAGCAUUUAAGAUGUCAGACUUGCUCAGUCACAGUCUUCCUCACCUUAAAAACAACAAAAUAAAACAAAAAAUAUUAGCUACUUCAUAGCGUUUCCUGAAAAAAAUCC